UCAGCUCUAUUCAGUGUUGCUCUUUUCGGGCCAGUGAUGUUUUGAACUGUUGUGGGUGUUGUUGUUGUAGGAGUUACUGUAGUGGUUGUUGCUGUGGUGAUGUUUGUGGCUCGCAGCCUCACCGCUGAGCACAAGGACCUCAUCCAUGAUGUGGCCUUUGACUUCUACGGACGACGCAUGGCGACGUGUUCCAGUGACCAGAGUGUCAAGAUCUGGGACCUGAACGAGGAUGGGGAAUGGGUGUGCUCUGCAUCUUGGAAGACUCACUGUGGCUCAGUGUGGAAAGUGACUUGGGCACAUCCUGAGUUUGGCCAGAUCAUUGCUACUUGUUCCUUCGACCGAACAGCAGCUAUAUGGGAAGAAAGUGUCAGUGACUCAGGGCAUGGUGUCCACAGCACAUGGAUCAAGCGAGCUGGUCUGGUGGACUCUCGUACCUCUGUUAUGGAUGUCAAGUUUGCCCCUAAGAUUCAGGGUCUACAGUUAGCCACGUGCUCCGCUGGAGGGGUGGUGCGCAUCUAUGAAGCCCCUGAUGUAAUGAAUCUUAACCAGUGGUCACCACAGUACGAGAUGAAUUGUAAACUACAGUGUUCGUGCAUCUCUUGGAAUCCUUCACCUUCUAGGCUUCAUUCACCCUUAAUUGCAGUAGGUAGUGAUGACCCUAAUCCUGCCUCAGGAGGAAAGGUGUUCAUUUAUGAAUUUUCGGCCAAUACUCACAAGUGGACGAAAGUGGAAACCUUGGUGACUGUGACGGAGCCUGUACACGACCUGGCUUUUGCUCCUAAUCUAGGACGGUCGUAUCAUCUGUUGGGUAUUGCCACUAAGGAUGUCAGGAUUAUAGCACUGAAGCCUGCCAAAGAAGACCCAACUCAAAACCAAGGCAGUUUGUCAAGCUUUGAAGUGCGUCAAGCAGGGCAGUUUGAUGACCAUGGCUCCACAGUGUGGCGGGUGUGCUGGAACAUGACAGGAACCAUCCUGGCUUCCUCAGGAGAUGACGGCUGUGUUCGUUUGUGGAAAGCAAAUUAUCUUGACAUAUGGAAGUGUAUCUCAACUCUCCGUGGUGAAGCUGUAGAGAAUGUGGCAGAGGUUGGGACUUCGGGGGGUUCUUCACAGCAGUCGGGAACAACUGGCAUGUCACAACACACGGCAAGAUAUUUCAAGUUGGCACCCACGGCACAUCCGGCACAUGUACCGUGGCAUUAGCGUAACAAAUAUAAAUGUAUGCUUACUAAUUAGUGCAGUUAAAUGUUAAUUUGAUUUGUUAUAGUGUGCUAUAGUGUUUAGCCGCUGUGAUUCAUUCUAAAAGUAAUAGAACAAAAACUCUCUAAUCUAUUCAUAUGUAAUAAGCAAAAUUAGCUUUUGUAAAUAUUUACAGUAAAAUUUUAAACAUUUACCAUGAGGCUUUUUCUACAACUUUAUACUGUAUAAUUUAUUUUACAAGAUAUGUUUAGCACAGUUAACUGUUCCAAAAAAAUGUUUCUAGUAUGUUUAUUAAUAAAAAGCCAAAUUCAAUGUU